UUUGUAUAAUUUUGCAGAGCUCUCAUGUAGUGGUUCUUCUUCUACAGAUCAAAAAAACACUUAGGACUCAUCGCCGGAGUUUUGAAGAUGGACGGGAUUAUUGCAGCGGUUCCAUCAGCAAUGUGUGCCUCUCUGCGCACUAAUGCUGAACCCAUUCACCAUUUUCCCGGAAAGUUCUCGAAUCGGGUUCUUCAAACAAGGAACUGCGUUUCUUCUCUUUCGAUUUACCCUUCUCAAAAAGGCAAUUCUUUGGUGGUCAGAAAGCUACAUUGUGGUGAAAAAUCUCGUGGGAUCGUAAAAUCCGCCGCUUCUUCAGUUGGAAAUGCAGAGGAGUACGCUGAAGAAACGGCUACAAGCGUGAAGUUUCAGAGAUCAGUGACAUUACCUGGUUGUUCAAGCUCGUUGUCUUUGCUUGGCACUGGGUUUAGGGAGAAAAAGUUUGCUAUCAUUGGGGUCAAAGUCUAUGCUGCGGGUUAUUAUGUGAAUGAAUCUAUCCUGAGCGGGUUAAGCGCUUGGAAAGGUCGAUCUGCUGAUGAGAUCCAAAGAGAUUCAUCACUGUUUAGUUCCAUUUUUCAAACUCAAGCAGAGAAAUCGUUGCAGAUUGUUCUCGUGAGAGAUGUUGAUGGUAAAACCUUCUGGGAUGCAUUGGAUGAAGCCAUCUCACCGAGAAUCAAAUCUCCAUCUUCUGAGGAUACUACCGCUCUCUCUACAUUCCGCGGGAUCUUCCAAAGCAGAUCUCUCAACAAAGGAAGUCUCAUACUCUUGACUUGGAUCAACCCUUCUAAAAUGCUUGUUUCUGUUUCUUCGGGAGGAUUGCCAACGGAUGUGGAUGCUACGAUCGAGUCAGGCAGUGUUACAUCUGCCCUGUUCGAUGUGUUCUUUGGAGAUUCUCCAGUUUCUCCUACAUUGAAAUCCUCAGUGGCGAACCAAUUAGCUAUGACCCUUGUGUGAAAGUAAAGUAUCAUAUUGUAGUUGUAUAUCAUGAAUCUUGUAAUGUGUUAGUCUCUGUUUAUGUUUUUAUCUUCUUAACUAGAUUCUAUUAGCCAACAAGAAGUAAUUUAAUACUCGAAAUCUCAUGUGAAA